GCGGAGGAGCGGCGGUCGCAGUGUCGUCGCGGCCUGGCGACGCGGCUCCCGCUGGACACGCUGCCCCGAGUGCGCAAGCCGCCCACGGUUGCCUGCGGCGGUCCGGGUGAGCCCCGGAGCGCCCGGCGUUCCCCGAGGGCGGGCGUGCCCGAGCGCCGCGGAGGACCCCUGGCGCCGGCUCAGCCCGUGGGAGCGCGGGGUCCCUGCGGGGCCGCCGGCCGGCUUCCGGCGCCGCGAAGUCCCCAACUCCCCGCCGCCGCGGCUGUUGGGGCCCAGCGCCGCCCCAGACCCGUCGCAGCCGCCGGAGAAAGGAGAGUCAUGAAAAAGGAAGAGAAAAGAGACGGCAUGGUCACUGUUGAUGAAAGGGGAGUUUUCUUUUCCCGUUGAUGGUUACUCCAUGAUUGGAAAAGAUGUGCCUAGGUGGCUGAAGAGAUUAGAUUUUUAUAGUUGUAUUGAUGAAGCUGAUAGAAGAAGACAUCAAAAUGCUUUCCUGUGUCAUAUAGACUGAUGAGUCAGUAAGCCUGGAAAAGACAUUUGAAAUGAAGGCAGGAGUUUGAAUAUUUUUAAAUCACAUAGGACUUUGAACACUUUUUGAAGAUGUUUUUAUCCCCAAAAUGGAAGAAGAAAUAGUUCACAAACCAAGAAGCAUAAAAUAUUGAAAGGAAUAAUCAGUGAUUCCACUCAUUCCAAGAAUGUUAGUACUUUGCCAUGGUCUUCAGUCAAACACACAGAAACAAGUCAUACACGUGUGGUGAGUGUAUCACCAGUGAUGACUUGCUGUGCUACAAAUGACUCUUAAUUUUAAUUUUGGAGUGCUUUUUCUUUCUUGUACCAUGUAUGAUUUGAUUCUUCUGUUCAAAUAGACUAAUGUAAAGGAAGUAAAUGCUGCAUUUAUAGUAAUUUUGACUAUUACCACUGUUCCUCUGUUACAGAAAAAUUAGAGGUAUUAAUAUUCCUUGAAAUUUACUGGAACAGAACUGUGCCAGGGAUACAGAUGCGCUAUGUAAACUUUUCUCUUUUUGGCAAAUGUACUUGCUUUGAAUGAGCUGAAUGUCAGCAUAGAAGAUUUUAAAUUCAGUUUAAUCAAGAUCUUUAAUAUAUGCUUUAUAUUAGCCAGAUGGAAAACACAUUAAACACCCUAUUUGUUAUGUAUGCCUAAGGAAAGUAUCUUCCCCAUGGAUCAUGGCGUUAAUGUUUACAGGACAUUUCCUAAUUUUAACAUUAGUGAUGUUUGGUUUCUCUACUCUUGAAGAGUCUGUGAGUAAUUACUCUGAAUGGGCAGUUUUCACAGAUGAUAUAGAUCAGUUUAAGACACAGAAAGUGCAAGAUUUCAGACCCAACCAAAAGCUGAGGAGAAGUAUGCUUCAUCCAAGUUUAUAUUUUGAUGCUGGAGAAAUCCAAGCAAUGAGACAAAAGUCUCGCACAAGCCAUUUGCAUCUUUUUAGAGCUAUCAGAAGUGCAGUGACAGUUAUGCUGUCCAACCCAACAUACUACCUACCUCCACCCAAGCAUGCCGAUUUUGCUGCCAAGUGGAAUGAAAUUUAUGGUAACAAUCUGCCUCCUUUAGCAUUGUACUGUUUGUUAUGUCCAGAAGACAAAGUUGCCUUUGAAUUUGUCUUGGAAUACAUGGACCGGAUGGUAAGCUACAAAGAUUGGCUGGUUGAGAAUGCACCAGGAGAUGAGGUUCCGGUUGGCCAUUCGUUAACAGGUUUUGCCACUGCCUUUGACUUUUUAUAUAACUUAUUAGAUAAUCAUCGAAGACAAAGAUAUCUGGAAAAAAUAUGGGUUAUUACUGAGGAAAUGUAUGAAUACUCCAAGGUCCGCUCAUGGGGCAAACAACUUCUCCAUAACCAUCAGGCUACCAAUAUGAUAGCAGUACUCACAGGGGCCUUGGUUACUGGGGUAGAUAAAGGAUCUAAAGCAAAUAUAUGGAAACAGGUUGUAGUAGAUGUCAUGGAAAAGACAAUGUUUCUAUUGAAUCACAUUGUUGAUGGCUCCUUGGAUGAAGGUGUGGCCUAUGGAAGCUACACAGCUAAAUCAGUUAUGCAGUAUGUUUUUUUGGCACAGCGCCAUUUUAAUAUCAACAACUUGGAUAAUAACUGGUUAAAAAUGCACUUUUGGUUCUACUAUGCCACCCUUUUGCCAGGCUUCCAAAGAACUGUGGGUAUAGCAGAUUCUAAUUAUAAUUGGUUUUAUGGUCCAGAGAGUCAGCUAGUUUUCUUGGAUAAGUUUAUCUUAAAGAAUGGAGCAGGAAAUUGGUUAGCUCAGCAAAUUAGAAAGCAUCGACCCAAAGAUGGACCCAUGGUUCCAUCCACUGCCCAGAGGUGGAGUACUCUCCACACAGAAUACAUCUGGUAUGAUCCACAACUAACCCCACAGCCCCCUGCUGACUAUGGUACUGCAAAGAUGCACACAUUUCCUAACUGGGGAGUUGUCACUUAUGGGGCUGGGCUGCCAAACACACAAACCAAUACCUUUGUGUCCUUCAAAUCUGGGAAGCUGGGGGGAAGAGCUGUGUAUGACAUAGUUCACUUUCAGCCAUACUCCUGGAUUGAUGGGUGGAGAAGCUUUAACCCUGGACAUGAACAUCCAGAUCAGAACUCAUUUACAUUUGCCCCCAAUGGGCAAGUUUUUGUUUCUGAAGCUCUCUAUGGACCAAAGUUGAGCCACCUUAACAAUGUAUUGGUGUUUGCUCCGUCACCCUCAAGCCAAUGUAAUAAGCCCUGGGAAGGCCAACUGGGAGAAUGUGCACAGUGGCUCAAGUGGACUGGUGAGGAAGUUGGUGACUCAGCAGGGGAAAUCAUCACUGCCUCUCAACAUGGGGAAAUGAUAUUUGUGAGUGGGGAAGCAGUAUCUGCUUAUUCUUCAGCAAUGAGACUGAAAAGUGUGUAUCGUGCUUUACUCCUCUUAAAUUCUCAAACUCUGCUAGUCGUUGACCACAUUGAGAGGCAAGAAGCUUCCCCGAUAAAUUCUGUCAGUGCCUUCUUUCAUAACCUGGAUAUUGAUUUUAAAUACAUCCCAUAUAGGUUUAUGAAUAGGUAUAAUGGUGCCAUGAUGGAUGUAUGGGAUGCACACUACAAAAUGUUCUGGUUUGAUCACCGUGGCAAUAGCCCCAUGGCUAGUAUACAGGAAGCAGAACAAGCAGCUGAAUUUAAGAAACGGUGGACUCAGUUUGUUAAUGUGACCUUUCAGAUGGAAUCCACAAUCACAAGAAUUGCAUAUGUCUUUUAUGGGCCAUAUGUCAAUGUUUCCAGCUGCAGAUUCAUUGAUAAUUCCAAUUCUGGACUUCAGAUUUCUCUCAAUGUCAAUAACACUGAACACGUUGUUUCCAUUGUAACUGACUACCACAACCUGAAAACAAGAUUCAAUUACCUGGGAUUUGGUGGCUUUGCCAAUGUGGCUGACCAAGGCCAAAUAACCCGAUUUGGUUUGGGUACUCAAGCAAUAGUACUGCCUAUACGACAAGAUAGAGCUAUUUUCCCCUUUGGAUUUAAGUUUAACAUAGCAAUUGGAUUAAUUUUGUGCAUUAGUUUGGUGAUUUUAACAUUUCAAUGGCGGUUUUACCUUUCUUUUAGAAAACUAAUGCGUUGGAUACUAAUACUUGUUAUUGCCUUGUGGGUUAUUGAGCUUCUAGAUGUAUGGAGCACUUGCACUCAGCCCAUCUGUGCAAAAUGGACAAGAACAGGAACUGAGACAAGCAAGAAGUCUGUGUCUUCCAAGGGGCUCUACGUGGAUCUUCCUGAUGUUGUCAUUACCUCACUUCCUGGUUCCGGAGCCGAAAUACUUAAACAACUUUUUUUCAACAGUAGUGACUUUCUCUACAUCAGAGUUCCUACAGCCUACAUUGAUAUCCCUGAAACGGAAUUUGAAAUUGAUUCAUUUGUAGAUGCUUGUGAAUGGAAGGUAUCAGAUAUCCACAGUGGGCAUUUCCGUUUACUUCGAGGCUGGUUGCAGUCUUUAGUCCAGGACACAAAACUACAUUUACAAAACAUCCAUCUGCAUGAGACCAGUAGGGGUAAACUGGCCCAAUAUUUUACAACAAAUAAGGACAAGAAAAGAAAAUUGAAAAGGAGAGAGUCUUUGCUGGAACAAAGAAGUAGAAUGAAAGGCGCUUUUGACAGAGAUGCUGAAUAUAUUAGGGCUUUGAGGAGACACCUGGUCUAUUACCCAAGUGCACGUCCUGUGCUUAGUUUAAGUAGCGGUAGCUGGACAUUGAAGCUUCAUUUUUUUCAGGAAGUAUUAGGAGCUUCGAUGAGGGCAUUGUAUAUUGUAAGAGACCCUCGGGCCUGGAUUUAUUCAAUGCUGUACAGUAGUAAGCCAAGUCUUUACACUUUGAAGAAUGUACCAGAGCACUUAGCAAAAUUGUUUAAAAUAGAGGGAGGUAAAGGCAAAUGUAACUUAAAUUCAGGCUAUGCAUUUGAGUAUGAACCAUUGAAGAAAGAAUUAGAAAAUUCUGAAUCAAACGCUGUCUCCUUAUUGUCUCAUUUAUGGCUAGCAAAUACAGCAGCAGCUUUGAGAAUAAAUACAGAUUUGCUGCCUACCAGCUACCAGCUGGUCAAGUUUGAAGAUAUUGUUCAUUUUCCUCAAAAAACUACUGAAAGGAUUUUUGCUUUUCUUGGAAUUCCUUUGUCUCCUGCUAGUUUAAACCAAAUAUUGUUUGCCACUUCCACAAACCUUUUUUACCUUCCAUAUGAAGGAGAAAUAUCACCAACUAAUACUAAUGUUUGGAAACAAAACUUGCCUAGAGAUGAAAUUAAACUAAUUGAAAACAUCUGCUGGACACUGAUGGACCGACUAGGAUAUCCAAAGUUUAUGGACUAAAUGCUGCAGGUCAGCAGAAAUUUGCACUAAUGCUUCCCCACCCGCUUUGUGGAUAUGGACUAGAAGAGUUUGUUUAUUCUUGUAUUGUGUGUGUGUGUGUGGGUGUGUGUGUGUGUGUACUUUUAUUUGCACAGAGAGAUUAUUUAAAAAAUAGGCACCAUAUUUGGCCUAGCAGGAUUUAUUUUUAUGUUACCACUUUCCUUGCUUUUGUUUCUGAAUUUUUUUUCUGCUAAAAUAUUUCUGUUUCAGAAGUUAGAUGAAAUUAUACCAUGGGCUUCCGGGAAGAUGGGAAGAUUUUAAAGGAUUUUGUUUAACUUGCCUUCUUCUGUAACUGUGCUAAUCUAUCUGGGGACCUCAUACACUACUAAAGGCCUUGCAGUUGCUGCUUUACCCAAGCAUCUCUUCUUUUCAAGAUGGACUACAAAAGUUCCUUAUCUUUUUGAAAAGGUCUUUUAACACACUUAUCUUGCACAAAGAAAAAGAAAAAAAAAGUGAAUUCCUUUUACUUUAUAUAACACUCAGUGAUAUCACUGGAGAAAUGGCGUUAAGUUCCUAUCAGAACUAUAAGAUUCCUUCUGGAAAUGCAGAUGGAAAUACAGAAUAAAGAUUUUUUUUUUUUUUUUUAAGUCAGAAAUAGUAACCUGGAAAGUUUCCUUAAAAUUUUUUACUUACAAAUAACAAGAAAUAAGUCUGAACAGUCUGGGUGCUGAGGGCUGGUUUUUUAGACAUGCUUGUCUGUUUAAAAGUCUCUUUUUGACUUCCUGAAGCUACAGCUGUUUGCCAUUACACUAUUCCCACCCUGUCCUUUUUGUCACUGUCCAGCAAAACAGUCAGUAGGUACUAAUUGCUGACCUCCCUGUGUUUGUGGAGUUUUCCUUUUUUUGAUGAUUAAUUUUGCAUUAAAGACUGACACAGAAACAAAUUUAUUUUUUGUGGAAUUACCACUGUAUGAGUCAAAGAAAGCCGUGCCACUGCUGCCAGUGUUUUCUUAGACUGGAGACAGAAUUGGAAAACUGCCUGACUUUUCUUGCUUCCUUUUGAGUGAGUUUACAGACCGCCAGUGUCUGCAAAAUUGAAGGCAAAUGGGAGAUGAUGUCAGAGGCAUCUGUUUCUUUUACCAUCUGCAUCUUAUUAUAAAUGUAGUCAACAUCAAAUGUGGUUCAUUUUCCUUUGCUGGGUUCUGAAAUCAAAAUGCUAUGCCAUUAUAAGCCAGUGGAGUAAUUACAAUGUAUUGGAUGAAAACUAUCAGGCAGUGUCGAGACUUGAUGAAAAUCUUUGUACAGAUUGCAGUCUUCUUCCUGAUGCUUCAAACUACAAACUGUAGUUCCUUCAAGCUCUCUAACACUUAGAGUCUGUCAUUCUGACCUAGAUAAAAGUGGUUCUGUCUCAGUAGUUUGUUAUUAUGUCAAAAUGUGCCUCCAAAGUGAUAAAGCUGUGGAUAUGUUACAUUCCA